AUAAAUCAAAAAUCUCAAAAAAAAAGAAAUAAAUCAAAAACUACAAUAUUUUCUGCUUGUUUUUGAAAAUGAAAUUCAACAUAAUCAUCGUUUUUAUUUCGUUGGCCAUUUUGGUCCAUUCAUCAUAUGCCGCCAAUGAUAAUGAUGAUGAUCCUACCACAACCGUUCAUCCAACAACAACCGAACAACCAGAUGAUAAAUUUGAAUGUCCAAGUAGAUUUGGUUAUUUUGCCGAUCCAAAAGAUCCACAUAAAUUUUAUAUCUGUUCAAAUUGGGAAGCUGUACAUAAAGAUUGUCCAGGUAAUACACGAUGGAAUGAAGAUGAAGAAACAUGCACUUAAUAAUGCAAUAAGAUUAUGAUUUAUUAUGGUAAUUCAUAAAUCAACGUUCAACAAAAAAUCAUAAAUUUUUAUUCCAAUAAAUUCAUUUUUCUGUUGUAUUACAUGCUUGUCAAUUUAUUACAAAAUAAUAAAAUUAUUUAUUUACAAAAUAAAAAUGUCAAUCAAUGAUCAAUAUUGUUGUUUGAAUUGUAAAAGUCAAUAAAUCAUUACAAAAACAAA